AUGAUGUCGUACCUAGGCUUCCAUCCCAUCAACCGGCCUCCGCGCAAAAUGGCCCACACCACAAAACUGGAGAUGCCGGUUGAGAAGUGCGAGUAUGGGGUCAACCGAUAUUUGGCAAUGUACGAGGCCGUGCAGCGCGAUCUGCUGGCACACACACCAAAGAUUGUCCCGAACCCCGUGUUUGAGAGUGGGACUGCGUCCCCGAUGCUAAAGGCGGCGUGUGCGGCGAAUCCCCACGAACUACACGAGCUGGCACGUCGCAUGCAGCUUGUACGCGACAUGCGCGACUCGGCCGUAUGCUACGACGCGCAGUUCGGUGUGCCUGACACAACGUACUGUACAGAGAGCGAGUACGUACAGUUCAUGUUCCCCGUGAAGCCGCCACACAAGCAGAUUGUGGUGGCGCACCACACCGAGGACGGGUCGGUGCGCGGCUCGAGCGUGACGUUUGUGCCAACUGAAACCGUGGCGGUGGAUGGGGGCGAGACGCUCCCGGAACUGCACUCGGUCGACCGCGAGUCCGAGUACGCCGAUCUGGUUGCGGACGAUCCGGACAUUAACCGCACCAAGCGCAGGCACGCAGCAAGCUGGUUCCGGUUUUUAUUCUAG